AUGGUCAACGCUGUUCAGCUAGCACCGGAAGUGAAACCCAACGUCAUCAUGCCCACAACGACGAUCUUUCCACCACGCUCGGAUACGUUCAUAAUCCUGGACACAGAUCAGGACUUAGAACCUGGUUCCGAAUGGUUCGUGGCACAGGUUCCACACGGCCACGAUAUACACGUCGGGAAAAGCGUCGCAUGCCCGGACAAUACACGAAAGGUUGCGGUACGCAUCCUCAACCCAGGCUGCGCGCGAGUCAAAGUAUACAAGGGUACACGCGUUGCAGAAUUAGAGCGCGUCCUCAAGUGCUGCACGCGCGGUCCCUUCUACGCAAUUGGGGCAGUUAGCGAAGACGAAAUCUGCUGUCCGGAACCGCACCAACACGACCUUCUGCCGGACGAGGAAGAAGAAGCACCAGAAGCACACUGGGAGGCAGCCCUCCCGCGACUGCCGGACACCGAAGAACCCAAAUUGGAUUUAUCCAAGUCCGUCCUCUCGGAACCAGCAAAAGAAAAGCUUCGAGCGAUAAUUGCCAGCCACCCGGAAGCCUUCGUGCAGAAGGACGGCAUUAUUGGCAAGUACACGGGACCAGUCGUUCAUCGGAUAGACACGGUUCAAGGGUCGGUCCCUUUUCAAACCAGGCCGUACCGACUUCCUGUCGCGCUGCGCGAAGAAGUAGAGCGUCAGAUCGAGGACAUGCUCCGCCAACAUAUCAUCCAACCUUCAACUAGCAAUUUCUGCAGCCCGAUCGUAAUGAAAGCAAUGGAGGCGAUGCGUCGGGAGCUAACAGCAGCUUUCUACGUGUACUUGGACGACAUCGUGCUGGCAUCAGACGAUGAAGACACGCAUCUGGCGGACUUGGACCAGCUACUAAAAGUCCUAACCAAGUACGGGCUGAAGCUACGCUUGGACAAGUGUACCUGGGCAAGGAACGAGAUCAAACAUCUCGGAUUUCUUGUCAGCGAGAAAGGCGUUCGUCCCGACCCAAAGAAUCUCGAAGCAGUCCGGAAGUUUAAAGCGCCACGCACCCUCACAGAACUAAAGUCCCUUAUCGGGGCGUUAAAUUACUUUCGCCGGUUUGUGCCGAAGUUCUCGGAAAUCAUGGCCCCACUGAACGAUUUAUGCAAGAAAGGCAGUACGGAACGAUGGUCGACAACACACGACCGCGCACUAGAAACGAUGAAGGACAAGCUCACCAACGCUCCAGUGCUGGCACCCGCCAAAUUCGGUCAGCCUUUCAUCGUCGAAACCGAUGCAAGCGCAACGGCAAUUGCAGCAUGCCUGCUUCAGAAAAACGCCGAAGGUGAGGCACACCCAAUAGCGUUCGCCUCACGCAAGCUUAACAAGCACGAGGCACGGUAUCCAAGCGUGGAGUCGGAGGCGUUGGCAAUCGUGUUCGCGCUCAAAAGCUUUGCUGCAUAUUUAGAGGGCGCAGGACAUUCGGUAGUACGAACCGACAACUCCGCGCUGACAUCCCUCAUGAGGAACAAAGACCUGACGGGAUGCUUAGCAAAGUAUCAAAUGACGAUCCAGCACGCAGACAUUAGCAUCGAGCACCGCAGCGGAAGGUCCAACACCUUCUGCGAUUUUCUCAGCCGCUACCCGGCAGCCGACGAGGCAACUGCGCAGCCGGAACCAGCCCCAGAAUACCGCCCGAUGGCCGAGGGUGUAUGGUCAGAGAUAACAAACAAGGCCUGGCUCUUCACAACCGAAAACGUCGUUGGACGAUCUAAGAUUCUCGGCCUUGACUUGGACG